AUGUUGAAUUUUGUUUGUGGCUCAAUAGCUGACUUGGAGGGAGGACACUCUGACGAGACCAACAGCGGGGGCGAUAACAGCAACGCCGGCAGUAUUGGCGCCGACGACGACCAAGCUAGGCUCAGGCUCAAACGUAAGCUACAGAGGAACCGCACCAGCUUCACCAAUGACCAGAUUGAUGCCUUGGAGAAGGAGUUUGAGCGCACUCACUAUCCUGAUGUCUUUGCUAGGGAGCGGCUUGCUGGGAAAAUUGGCCUGCCUGAAGCCAGGAUACAGGUCUGGUUUUCGAAUCGCCGCGCAAAGUGGAGACGCGAAGAAAAGCUCCGCACCCAACGACGUGACAAUCAACCAUCCCAGCAAUCCCAACAACAAUCAAGUCAUUCUGUGAAUCUAGUAGGCGGGCAUCCGACCCCGCCACCACCAUCGGGGAUACUGAGUGCCCAGGCACCACCACAAGUCCCGCCAUCUCCUCCGAGAAUCCACCAUGGCUUCGCACCGAGCGUCUACCCGGGGAUUCCCAGCAUGCCUGACUCCUACAGCCCAAUGACAUCAAUGUCAAACUUCAGCAUGGCCCAGCAGAGCCAGCAGCACACGACGUCGAUGUCAUCAUUAACCAGCGGCGGAAUGGGCCACAUGGGGAUGACCGUCGGUAUGACAGUUGGACCCAGUCCAGCGGCUUGUCUCCACCAGCGGGACAAUGGCUACUCCUGCGGCGUAGCUAGACCACCCAGCUACGAGCCUCUUCAUCUAGGUUAUGGGUCUAGGCCGAGCUGUAGCCCUACCCAGCCGUACCACACGCCUGGACUUAACCAGUACAACCAGAAUCCCAGUUCGACCGACCAAUUGUGUGCUAAUCUUCAACACUGGUGUCUGUUUCUAGGUCUCAUUUCUCCUGGGGUCAGUGUACCAAUUGCUGUACCAGGUCAUCAACCUACUCCAGACAUGGCUGCUCAGUACUGGAGUCCUAGGUUACAGUGA